CCCGAAUCAUCGGCAUCAAGACAACAACCUCCAAUCCCAGAUCAGUCUCGGGCGUGCUUUCCUGACUCCACUCCAACAGGCUCUUACUUUCGUUUUCGCGUUUUCGCCGUUUUCGCGUUUUCGCGUUUUUUGCCGUUUUCGCCGUUUUCGCGUUUUCGCGGUUUUGCCUGCCCCUGCAUCACCGGGGGCCGAGACACACGUUUCGUAUGCACAGGAGGACCUUUGGACCACCUUUUUCCUCGCGGGUCUCCGGCGAGGAGACGUCUGGGAUGCCGGGCCGAUUCGCCGGAUGGGAGGCGAAGGGAGGCUAAAUGAUGGGAGGCUUCUGAAUGGCUAGUUAAGGAUGUUCCAUGUCAUUGUGAAGGCUUUCUUCCACUUACAAUGUUGUUGGGGUAGUGCAGUUUGUCGGGUUUUUCUUGAAGUGCAACCGGGUUGCAUCGACUCCCUCCACGAUAAAACCGAGGUCACGGUGAAGACUGGUGCGACGUACGAUGGCUCUUUCAUGUGCGAGUGGUUUGGCAAGGGCAUCCCCUUGGGAAGUUGUCCGAUCUUUGCCAAGCAUGAGAAGAAGCUGGAGCUUUUGUGCAAUGCCGGCUACGAUAUGACUGCCAGGAGUGACCAUGGUCUCAAUGCGAUGUUCUUUGCGGGUUUCUUCGUGGACGAGGAUGAAGUGGCAUCUCGCUUGGUGGCCAAGGUGAAGGAGUAUGGCCUGAAGUUCACGGAUGACAUGACCGACUACAGGGACCCACAUCGAAACAUCCAGAAAAUCCCCUGGCAUUCGUCGCAUCCUCCGCUCUUGCUGGACCAGCGCUGGCGCUUGGUUCCGCUGUAUUCCAGCAAACAAGUGCUGCAAAUGCAGAUCGAGCAAGGCUGCUCCUGGAAGUCCUGUGCGGAUAAGGCCGUUCCAAAGGGGACCAUUUUCCCUUGGUUCAUCCAGGCCAUGAUGCACCACCCUUCGACCAUGAUUGGCGAUGCAUUCAUGUGGCAUGUGUGGAUGGACAUUGGCCUUGAGCCCUCCUACGGAUUUACACCCAUGGCAAUGUUGGGGACGCCCACAGCAAUCUUCUGGUGCUGUAUCAUGGGAGCGCAAUGGAAUACUUCCAUGUGGUUCGAGAUCUUCAACUCUUAUGCCAAAUGGUACGAAACACCUUUGAAUGACACGAAGCCAAAGUGGUUUAAGGAGUGUAUGACGGUCGUCGGCCUUCUGCCAGCCCUCACCACCGUUUUCAACAAUGCCCGCACAGAUUGGCUGCAAGGGCGCAUGGAUCAGUACCAGCGCCAGCUGGCGGAGCAGAAGAAGAGGUAACCGGAGGAGCCCGAGCUGCUCACAAUUGACCGGGCCGUUCGGCACUCGCUGUAGUUGAGUGUCAGCCAGGAAUUCUGGCGAGGAGGACCGGGGGGUGUGGGGCUUGAGAAGGCAAAUCCCACCCCUCCUUGCUUUGCUGGAUGCAGCUGCUGUAGGGGAACAUGGAUGCCUAUAUAUUCGUUCUCUUUUCUUUUUC